UGCGUGGUUGGAAUUGCAGGUCCUCACACGAAAGUCGUUCGUCGCAUUUUCACCAACAGCCGGGAGAGAUGGAGACAGCAGAACGUCAACGGGGCCUUCGCAGAGCUGCGCAAGCUCAUCCCCACCCACCCNCCCGACAAAAAACUCAGCAAGAACGAGAUUCUGCGCCUGGCUAUGAAAUACAUCAACUUCCUGGCCAAGCUGCUCAACGACCAGGAGGAAGAAGGAAACCAAAGGGGCAAAGUGAACAAAGACUCGGGGAUAGUCCAGGAAGACCUCCUGCAGGACAUGUUGUCCCCCAACUCCAGCUGUGGGAGUUCCCUGGACGGAGCGGCGAGCCCGGACAGCUUCACGGAAGAGCACGAGACGCUGGAUUCGAAGCACACGCGGAGCCUGCACCACGCCAUCCUCCCCGUAGAAGGCAACGCGCAGCGGUGAUGACCCUCACGCUGCUCCCGAAGCGCCGCGGGGGAGAGGCCAGGCUUGGCUGUGCACUUGCUGGAACUUUUUGCUUGUGGGAUUUGUGACUCUGCCUUUCCCUGGGAGCUCGGGCUGCCCGCUCGCCCCAGCCCAUGGAGGAGCGGCCGGCACGUUGGCUGAGGACGAGACCAACCCAGAUGAACGUUCGGGGUUUAGGUACGUGACCGUACAAAGAAGAAAAGCGUUGAAGUCAUCUUCGUUGUACAGAACUGCUCGGGAUGGGACUCUGAGGAGGGGAAGGAGACAGGGCUGGCACCUCUCCAGCGUUUAGAGGGUUUUCAGACCACUUGGUGAGCGUCUCUUUUCAAACAGUCAUCUGGGUGAGGCAUGGAACUCCUCUUUCACUGCCCACGGAAGCCACCGGCGCUUUCCAGCUCCACGUGGUGCUGGAAACUGCUGCAUCACACCAGUGCUGCAGCACUUCUCCAGCCUGUGGCACAUCCAGCUGGUCUGAGCAGGAGCCUGGCCACGUAUUCCUGUUGUCAGAGAGUUUUUGACUGUAUCUUUUUAAAGAGGUGAAAAAAAAUACCCUCAGCAAAAGAACUAUUAAAAGGAUUUAGACAAUUUCUUUUUCUCUCCUUUUUUCUUUCUUUAUUUUUUUCCUUCCCUUUCUUCCUUUCUCUUCUAUCUAAUUUUGGAUUGUUUGGGCUUGUUGUAUUUAUGACAUGGGAUUAUUUCUGUUUAACACUGUCAUGCAGUAUCCACUGAAUGAAAAGGUACAUAGGUGUUUUCUGCCACCCUCCCAGUCCCUGAUCCUCUGCUGGUAACACUCAGCAGGUGAAUUUCAAGCCUGCUCUGGUCUCCUAGAGUUUUUCCAGUAGUUUCUGUGGGGCCAGAGCUUCCCUCAAGAAAGAUGAGUUUCAGAGUUGGUAAGGGAAGAAAAUACUUGCUAGUGAAGCAUCUCUUUGGACUGGGGGAUUUUUAAAUUCAAAAAAGCAAAAAAAAAGGGAAAAAGGAGUCAAUGAUGUAUCAACAAUGUGCGUGUACAUAGGGUUAUAAAAAGGUUUUUUGAUGGUA